UACAAAAAACAAAUAGAGACGGGACACAAAUAAAAAAAAGAAGCAACUAAGAAUUAAGCAAAUGAGUUAAAAUAUUAGUUUUUAAUACCGGGAUAGAAGUUGAAGUGCAAAUUAAUUGGUUCUAUUGCUUCCGGAAAAGCACAUUUUUCUACGAACAUGGCAUACCGAGGAAGAAACUAUCGUUGGGUACGGAAAUACACAGUUCCACAGCGUGUAUCCGUUGUGCGUGGAGGUAGCGGAGGUUAUCGCGGCGGUGGUAAUGGCUUUCGCGGAUACGGAGGUAGGAACUGCGACUGCCAGUGCCACAGGGAACUAAAGCAAUGCUGCUUGAGUGCUGAUGCACAUGCUAAUCCAAGUAUUCCAAGGUGCACCCAGGCGCCUCCGAAGUCUGCGACUAACCUUAUUGCGCCACCUCAGGAAAGAAGCCCUAAUUACUAUGUGCUUGUGGAAGCUAACGAAAAUGCCCAAGUGCCGACAAAUUUCACUUCGGGCACCAUGGGGACGCCCGAAACAUGUCCUCUUUGUCAGGGUAGCGUAUAUCAGUUGCCCGGCCAUAACGCGAACCCUGGUGUCAUGUACACCAUCGGACAGGGUCAUACGCUAAUAAACCCAUCGCUGCCAGCCAGCACAAUUGUUAGUCCAUAAAGGUAACUUCAUCCAGUGUAACAAUACUGGUGUGUACGCACAACACAACAUGACCAAAAUCAGCUGGCAAACUUAAACCAGGGAAUCAGUUCGGGAGUUUUCACACACAGCAACACCAUCGGAUCCGGACACAUUACCGGACAAUCGGGUUCAGUGAUCCUGGCAAAUCCAUGCAACGAUUGCAUCCCAACCAGCAACUCAAACAACGUCGGCCACAGCAACCCGGAGGGCCAACUGAUCUUCAACCAGGGCAACACCAACACCCCGGGAAAUACCCUUGUAUACGCAAGCCCGGGCAACAUGGGUAACUGCAACACAGGAAGCCACAACAUGUGUGGCAACUUUAACCAGGGUAACAGUAUCAAUACUUAUGUGAACCCCUACGGUCAGGGAAACACCAUUGCUCCCAGAUAUAUCACUGGUACACAGUCUUCCAUGAAUUCGGGCCACGUCUCCAUGCCGGGACACAGAUCAAAUAAGAUGGUUAGAACUAACCCGGUUAGCCAUGUCAUGCCUGCAAGCAUGAACCAAGGCAAUGGCUCCUGCCGUACUAACCAGGGUAACCAGAUCGGUCACGAAAACACCGCAGCACAUGGACAAGGCAGUGGAACAAACACCCUGGUAAAUGCGAACCCGGGCAACAACAACAAUCCAAGCAACCUAUUGGAUUCCAAACCGUGCUGUUCCAAGGCCAAAAAUAGCCAGGGAAUACCGGCAGCCAAAGAACAGAAAAAAGAUAGCUCGAACUCUUCGGAUGAGGAGAAAUUUAUUCCCUUGGCACAGCCUAAAAUAUAGCACUUUCAUUUCCUUACUCACUCAUAUACUAUUAUAAGACAAAAAUGAAGAAAAAUACAACAUACUUACUUACUUACUUUUA